AUGGCAGAGCCGAAGCCUAAGGUCUUUGUCCUCAACCCAUACCAUCCCGAAGCCCUGCAGCUCCUCAAGGAAUCGCCUGAGAUCGAGUCCAUAUUCCAGGGGUAUUCAGAGCGAUGGCAGGAUGAAGCCGAUGGUAUCUUGUUAAGAUCUGAAUCACGCAUCACGGCCCAAGAUCUGGAGGCAGCGAAGAAGCUCAAAGUGAUUGUCAAGCAAGGCGUCGGCGUCGAUAAUGUUGACGUCGAAGCUGCCAGAAAGGCCAAUGUUGCGGUAUGCAACACCCCUGCGAUGAAUAGCGAGUCCGUUGCGGAACUCACGAUCUCCCUGGCACUGGCUGUUGCUCGGCGCUUGGUCGAGAUGGACAGGCUACUCCUUCGCGGUGAGAAGCUGGUCCGAUCGCAGCUACUCGGGCAGUCUCUAUUUCAGAAAUCUAUCGGCAUCGUUGGAAUGGGUGCUGUCGGUAGACAGGUCGCUGAGAAGUGGCUCGGCGCCAUGAAGGGUAGAGUGGUUGCCUAUGACCCAUUUGCGCCAAAAGGAGCUUGGCCAGAUGUCGAGCAUCGACGAGUCGCCGAUCUCGACUCUCUGCUGGACUCGUCCGACGUUGUCACGCUUCAUGUCCCGUUGACAGAUACAACAAGGAACAUGAUCUCGCGACGCCAAUUCAAGCUCAUGAAAAAGAAUGCCAUUCUUCUCAACUGUUCUCGGGGAGGCAUCGUUAAUGAAGAGGAUUUGCUGGAAGCUUUGGAAGCCAAGGAGAUCUUUGGUGCCGCAUUGGAUGCCACAGAAGUUGAGCCGGUCACGCUUGAAGCCUACGGACGACAUCUAGCGAACGACAAUCUGAUCCUCACACCACAUGUAGGUGCGAGUACGGAGGAGAAUCAAAGCGCGAGUGGAAAGUUUGCUGUCCAAACCAUUCUGGAUGUGCUUGCUGGCAAGGACGUGCCGAAUCGAAUAGUCUAA